CUCUUUGGUAGAGCAGGAGUUAAUGGUGAGUUGCAACAUCUCUCUGGGCUGAGUCACCUCCCACUGUCCCCCAGCCCCCAUUCUCUACAGUUGAAGGUUUAUAAAGAGGACCAGAGGCUGACAGCAAAGACCUGGAGGAUUACCUGUUGCAGUAUGGGUAUCUACAGAAACCUCUGGAAGGAGCUGAUGACUUCAGGCUAGAAGAUAUCACAGAGGCUCUAAGAACUUUCCAGGAAGCAUCUGAACUGCCUGUUUCCGGUCAGAUGGAUGAUGCCACAAGGGCCCGUAUGAAGCAGCCCCGUUGUGGCCUGGAGGAUCCUUUCAACCAGAAGACUCUGAAAUACCUGCUUCUGGGCCACUGGAGAAAGAAGCACUUGACAUUCCGCAUCUUGAACGUGCCCUCCACCCUCUCACCCUCCAGAGUCCGAGCAGCCCUGCAUCAAGCCUUUAAGUAUUGGAGCAAUGUAGCCCCCCUGACCUUCCGGGAGGUGAAAGCUGGUUGGGCUGAUAUCCGCCUCUCGUUCCAUGGCCGCCAAAGCCCAUACUGCUCCAACAGCUUUGAUGGGCCUGGGAAGGUCCUGGCCCAUGCUGACGUCCCAGAGCUUGGCAGUGUACACUUCGAUAACGAUGAAUUCUGGACCGAGGGCACCUACCAGGGAGUGAACCUACGCAUCAUUGCGGCCCAUGAGGUGGGCCACGCCCUGGGACUUGGGCAUUCCCGAUAUACCCAGGCACUCAUGGCGCCUGUUUACGCUGGCUACCAGCCCUACUUCAGGCUGCAUCCGGAUGAUGUGGCAGGGAUCCAGGCGCUCUAUGGCAAGAGGAGGCCGGAGCCAGAAGAUGAGGAGGAAGAGGUGGAGAUGCACACUGUGUCAACAGUGACCACAAAACCCAGUCCCAUGCCAAACCCCUGCAGCAGUGAAGUGGAUGCCAUGAUGCUAGGGCCUCGGGGGAAGACCUAUGCUUUCAAGGGUGACUAUGUGUGGACUGUAACAGAUUCAGGGCCAGGGCCCUUGUUCCGAGUGUCUGCCCUUUGGGAGGGGCUUCCUGGAAACCUGGAUGCUGCUGUCUACUCUCCCCGGACACAGCGGACUCAUUUCUUCAAGGGAAACAAGGUGUGGCGGUAUGUGGAUUUCAAGUUGUCUCCUGGCUUUCCCAUGAAACUCAACAGAGUGGAACCCAACCUAGAUGCAGCUCUCUAUUGGCCUGUUAAUCAGAAGGUGUUCCUUUUUAAGGGCUCAGGAUACUGGCAAUGGGAUGAACUGACCAGAACUGACCUCAGUCGCUACCCCAAACCAAUCAAGGAACUUUUCACUGGAGUGCCAGACCAACCCUCAGCAGCUAUGAGCUGGCAAGAUGGCCAAGUCUACUUCUUCAAGGGCAAAGAGUACUGGCGCCUUAACCAGCAACUUCGAGUGGCAAAGGGCUAUCCCAGAAAUACGACACACUGGAUGCACUGUAGUCCUCGGACUCCAGACACUAACUCAUUAACUGGGGAUGUGACCACUCCUGCAACCGUGGAAUCAGUCUUGGAUGUUCCCUCUGCCACAGACGCUGCCUCCCUCUCAUCCUCAGCUAAUGUCACCUUGCUAGGGGCCUGAGAACUAGUCAGUGUCUGCUCCUUAGGGUUGUGCAGAUGGGCACUUGACCUAGUGCCCCUAGAUACUCCAAUUCUGGAUGCCACAUUCCAGUGUUCCUAGAAGGUGACUGCUUAAUUCUGAGUCAUUCCCCAGUCCCCAUUUCUUCUUGUCAUAUGGCUGUUUCAAGUGUGACAUCUAUUUUCUGGUGGAGGGAAAUUGUUGAUCAGGACCCCCCCCCCCCAGGGUCUCUCUACAUAGCACUGGCUAUGGUUAUCGGCUAUCCUGAAACUGUGUAGUUAUGUAGACUAGGCUAACUUGAACUCACAGAAACCAACCUGCCUCUGCCUCUGUCCUGAGUGCUGGGAUUAAAAGCGUGUGCUACCAUGCCUAGCUGGCUCCCCCCCCCCCCCCCCCGGCGCUGGGGACCGAACCCAGGGCCUUGCGCUUGCUAGACAAGCGCUCUACCACUGAGCUGAAUCCCCAACCCCCCCCCCCUUUUUUUUUAAGAUUUAAGUCAUGUGCUACCAUGUCUGGCUCCCAACUGGGUCUCUAGCUGGCCAGAGGCAAUAGCCAACAGCCACACUAUUGGACACCUGGGUUGUAUACCUCACACAUAAAGUGCAAGAAAAUGUCAUGGCCAGUAAACUGAGCUUGGGAUCUGGAGUCCUUGAGCCACCUGACUAUGGCUUUUGGUCAGCGAAUUAACCUUGUCAAACCUUGGAUUCCCUAUUAACAAAAUAAGGUUACUAUCAAUGUUACAGGAUUGUUAUGUUAGAUGAAAUACUGUACGUGAAGCGUCUGACAGAUUCUGGAAUGUUUGUGAUUAGUAAAGGCUAGCUUCAUGUUCCUGGGACAGAA